AUGGAAACUUACCAUCGGAAAAGAUCUAGAAGAGGUACCUCCAUCAAUGCCACUACCAACAAUGAAAUGAUUAGCUUAAAAAGGAAAGAAAAUUGCAGCGUGUUAGAUGGCUCAAAAGUACAGACACCACCUUUUGACAGACAGCUUCUGCUUAUUGAUAACAAUGAGGAUGGUCAAUGUGAUGAAGUUGAAUUGGGCUCUGUUUAUGAGAUUUAUCAUAAAAAUUUUCCUCCUAGAACUCCUGUUCAGCUUCGGUGUACUCGCGUUGUUAUGGUGAGUGAGAAGACAGAUUUGAAUGUUGCUAUAAGGUACCCAAGUAUUCUGUCACUGAGGACAUAUUUUAGCGAUGGAAGCAAUGAGAUGUACCCUGCUUUAGAUGAAAAGUUUGUAAUGGGAACUAAGCUUGCAAGUAAAGUGCUUUUAAGGCAAGUCCCAUCUCAAGAAUUUGCUGCAAAGAAGCAUUUGAAAGGUUUUUGGUUGGUCAACCCAAGUCCUCAGCAAACUGUGUCAUCAAAUGUUGCUUUGAAAAAUGAGAAUCUUGGGUUGGCUAGGGAGCUGAAGAAUAAUGAGAUGCUGAGGUGGGGUGUUAGAAGGCAAGUUAUGUUUAUUGGGAGGCAUAAAGAUAAAAGCAAUACACAGUCAUCUUCGAGUUUUGUUAAUGGUGAUGAUCAAGAAGAUGCUGAACAAGAGGAGAAUGAUGAGGAAACUAAAGAAGAAGAAGAAGUAGAAGAAGAAGAAGAAGAAGAGGAAGAAGAAGAAGCUCAAGAUGAGGAUGAUGAUGAGGAUGCUGAUCAGAAAGUAGUGGAGAUGCAAAUUACUAGAAAGUUGAGAAAAAGAAAGAAGCCUAAUAAACAAGUUGGUUACAUAUGGCAAGUUAAGAAAAAGCCUAUGAAAAAAUGCAAGAAAUUAGCCAUCAAGAGUCCCACAGAUAGAUGGUCAAAGGAGAGGUAUGAUGCUGCUGAACUAGGUCUUUUAGAAGCAAUGAAGGAAAAGCAAGCAAAGAUAGGCAAUCCAAUUACAAGGCCUCAACUUAGAAUUGAAGCAAGAAAGAGAAUAGGUGACACUGGCCUCUUAGACCACCUCCUCAAACACGUCGCAAACAAGGUGGCACCUGGUGGCAAGUUACGGUUUAGACGGUCACACAAUGUUGAUGGUGCCAUGGAAUACUGGCUUGAAGAUGCAAACCUUGUUAAUAUCAGGAAAGAGGCUGGUGUUACCGACCCUUUCUGGACUCCACCACCAGGUUGGAAACCCGGUGAUUCUCCUACACAAGAUCCUGUUAUGGCUAAACAGUUAAAUCAUCUGAAAGAAGAGUUUUCAACUAUCAAAAGGGAGAUCAAGGAGGUGAUCAAACAUCAAGAGGAAAGUAAAGCUAUUGUGGUUUCUGAAGUUGUUGACAAAAGUCCAACACAAGUGAUGGAUAUCUGUAACUUUAUUUUGAAUGGGGACUUUGAAAAAACUGAUGCAAAUAACUCACUAUUGUCAAAGGAAAAUAGCAAAAAGCAGAUGGUGGUCAUUUCAGAUUUCCUUAAAAAGCUACAGGCAUGGAUGCAGGUUACAGAAGUUGGUAAGGAGGAGACAACCCAGAUGGAAUCAGUAAGACCAAAGGCAGCUGGCUCAGAAUUAAUUACCACAACACCAGAAACAGUAGUCCCCAAUGCACAUAAAGCUUCACAGAAGCCAAAAACCACAGUUGCUGAUAAGAACCAAAAAGUGGUCCUAAGACUAGAGUCUGCAGCUGGUGCUCAUCAGGAGACAUCUGAGAAAGAAAGUACUGCUUUGAAGCUACAAGCAACAGGUGGUGCCAGUCUACAACCACCACCAUCACCUCCUGAGGGAAAAGCAGAUAAAAUUGAGAGGCUGAAAAGUGGAUUCAGGCUUUGUAAACCACAAGGCACUUUCUUAUGGCCAGAUAUGGUGCAACCCACCACCACCACUACCUCAUCUAAAUCUGCUAGCAACAUUAUUAUGCAGCAGCAGGCUGAUGAUUCAUUGACUGCCCCAACUCCACCUUCUGUUAACUCCUGCACCCCACCACUUCCACCCUAUCACCACCCCCACCUUGGUCUUCCAUCUCCUGUCAAGCCUAAGCCAGAGAGACCCCCAGUCACCGGUACUACUACUACCACCACCCCAUUCAUUAACCUCAAUGACAUCCCCACAUCCCCAUCUCUUAGCACACCUCCAAUUAUUAAAUUUGUGUCAUCUGGUUUAAAGGGUGGUUCAUGGGAAGCAUAUUCAGCUGGAAGCAAGAAACGAAAGAGCUCAUCUUCAUCAUCUAAUAAUUCAUCCACUUCGCCAUCCCCUUCUCCUUCUUCAGCUGGUGCACCAUCAUGCUUGUCCAACACAGGAACUCCUCAUUGGCUAGCAGCUAACUCAUCAACCAAGGGUCAAAAAUGGUUCUGA